GGCGGGAAAUCUUGCGCGUGCAUUUGUGAAGAGGCGGCGAAAGUUGUAUGUUGGACGUAUAAAAAACUGCCAGCGACGUUGUGUUGUUUGUGUGCUCAACCAAGUGGCCAGUACUCACUUGUUAAGCAAGUGUAUAUUUGUAUUUUCGUUACAAUUAAUCGUUUGAAAGAUGUCAAGUCCUAUGCAGCCUCCGCGUACUCCGACGAGAACGCCUCGUCAACAAGCGCCUAGAUCUUCACCCAGUACUAGAGCUAAUGGAACACCAAGUCGACGAGGUAUUGCCAAUGGCUCCUCCGAUACGCCUCUCAGAUGGGGAGGUAAUCGUAGAACUCAGGAAACGAUUGCUGCCUCUUCGGAAGGACCAUCGUCUGGAGCUCCUGCUUCAUCGCCCAAUCGAAUGCUCAUGACAAGCCCACUGCCCCAGGGAAUCACAGAAAUUGAUUUAUCUUCUCCUCUCAACUAUGGCACUCCCAGCUCUUUGGGUUCAAUUUUAACACCCAGAAGUGGUAUUCGUGGAACACCUCUGCGCCAAAGGUCAGAUAUUAGAACUGACAAAAGAAUGAGAACAGUCAAUAUUAGAGGUGAUCCAACUGAGGCACAAGGGGAAGUAGCACCUGCAGCUCCAGUCAUGACCUCUGAGAGUGAAAACAAUGCUGGUCCUCAACUUGUAAUUUGGGGAACCAAUGUUGUAGUCAGUCGCUGCAAAGACCACUUUAAAAGAUUUAUUCAACGUUUCAUUGAUCCUGAAGCAGAAAAUGAUGAAAUUCCUGAAAACAUGAAUGUUUCUGAACCAUUGUACAUGCAAAAGCUAGAAGAAAUUCAUACCCUAGAAGAACCAUACAUGAAUGUUAACUGCGCCCAUCUAAAGGCAUUUGAUGAGCAGUUAUACAAGCAGUUAGUGUCAUAUCCUCAAGAAGUCAUACCUAUAAUGGACAUGGCAGUCAAUGAAAUGUAUUUUGAAAAGUAUCCAGCAGAUGUUUUAGACCAUCAAAUACAAGUGAGACCUUUUAAUGUUGAUAAAACUAAGAGUAUGAGGGGACUCAAUCCUGAGGAUAUUGAUCAGUUGAUAACUAUCACUGGUAUGGUCAUACGGACUUCAAAUGUCAUUCCUGAAAUGAGAGAAGCUUUCUUUAAAUGCAUUGCCUGCUCAUUUACAACUAUGGUGGAGAUUGACAGAGGUCGUAUAAGUGAACCUACUGUUUGUACAAACUGUAACAACAACUAUUGCUUUUCACUUGUUCACAAUCGAAGUCUCUACUCUGAUAAGCAGAUGAUAAAAUUACAAGAAUCGCCCGACAACAUGCCUGCAAGUCAGACACCUCAUACAAUAUUGUUAUUUGCACACAAUGACCUUGUAGAUGCAAUCUCAGCUGGUGACAGAGUUGCUGUGACUGGAAUAUAUCGUGCACUUCCUAUACAAGUUAUGCCCAGAGCAUCUAACAUACGAGCAGUAUACAAAACUCACAUUGAUGUUGUUCAUUACAGAAAACAAGAUUCUAAAAGGCUGUAUGAUUUAGAAGAUGGAAAAGAGCAUGCAUUUCCGCAGGAAAGAGUUGACCUUUUAAGAUUGUUGUCGAAGAAGAAAGACGUUUAUGACAGACUUGCUAGGACCAUUGCACCUAGUAUCUAUGGGAAUGAAGACAUUAAGAAAGGUAUACUUCUUCAAUUAUUUGGUGGUACAAAAAAGACUCACCAUUCAUCAGGAAGAAGUCAUUUUCGAUCUGAAAUAAAUAUUUUACUUUGUGGGGACCCUGGUACUAGCAAGUCACAAUUGUUACAGUUUGUUUUCGACUUGGUUCCUCGUUCUCAAUAUAGUAGUGGAAAAGGUUCUAGUGCUGUAGGUUUAACAGCCUAUGUGACCAAAGAUCCAGAAACUCGUCAAUUAGUGCUGCAAACUGGUGCGCUUGUACUUGCUGACAAUGGAAUUUGUUGCAUUGAUGAAUUCGAUAAAAUGAAUGAUAGUACAAGAUCUGUUCUCCAUGAAGUUAUGGAACAACAAACUCUCAGCAUAGCAAAAGCUGGAAUUAUUUGCCAGUUGAAUGCCAGAACAAGUAUUUUGGCAGCUGCUAACCCUUGUGAAUCGCAGUGGAAUCCGAGAAAAACGGUCGUUGAUAACGUUCAGCUUCCUCAUACACUUAUGUCUCGAUUCGAUCUGAUUUUCUUGAUACUGGAUCCACAGGAUGAUUAUUUUAAUAGAAAAUUAGCUCGGCAUUUGGUUACUUUGUACUAUGAAAAGGAACCCGAACAAGAAGAUGAUCUGAUUGAUAUGAGUGUAUUGCGAGAUUACAUUGCCUAUGCUAAAGAACAUGUUCAUCCAAAACUAGGUGAAGAAGCUCAACAAAGGUUGGUUCAAGCUUAUGUUGAUAUGAGACGAGUGGGUAGCGGACGUGGACAAAUUACUGCCUAUCCUCGUCAACUUGAAUCGCUCAUACGUCUCUCUGAAGCCCAUGCUAAGAUCAGACUGGCUACGACUGUCGAGAUAGAAGACGUUGAAGAAGCUUGGAGAUUACAUCGUGAAGCAUUAAAACAAUCUGCGAUUGAUCCUGUUAGUGGAAAAAUCGAUGUCAGUAUUUUAACAACAGGUAUAUCUGUAUCUGCCAGGCAACAAAGACUUCAGUUUGCAGAAACACUAAGAAAGUUAAUUGAAUCAAAAGGAAAGGUUGCUACUCUAAGUUAUCAGAAGUUAUUUGGCGAAUUCAAAGUACAACAAAGUGCAAAUUAUUUAAUAACACGAAAUAUGUUUGAGGAUAUGUUGAAAACUUUACAAGAUGAUGGAAAAAUAUCGAUCAACAAGAAUAUUAUCAGAAUUCUUUCUUGAUGUGUCAGAGUGACAAAAAAAACAGAAAAUAUUUGGAUGGAAAACUACUACUAAACAUGUGCAAAUUUUUGGAAUUGUAACAUGCAUAGAUGCUAUGUAUAUAGACGUUUACUCGCAUUAUACGUUAAAUAUUUUUUUUACUCAUUGGAUAAUUAUGAUUUUAGCUCACAUAAAUUCAAGAAAUUUAAGUUGUCAUGUAAUUAUAUAUUAUCUUAUAUUUUUAUUAUUAAACAUAAUCUUUUAGU